AAGUCACCACUACUAUCCAGUCCCUUCGAGGGAAUAUCGAAUAUCGAUCAUACCAGUCGAGCCCAACAAACCAAGGAUAGGGUGAUUGACUGUCUUAAUCUUCUCCAAGCUCAAGUUCAUACUAUGCAUACCAACCAGGAUGGAUUUGGGGCCGGAAUUAAAGAUCUCAAAUACAAACUCGCAGGAAUCAGGAGCAAUCAACAUGACCUUCGAGAUGUCCUUCGUAUGAUGCAUGCAGAUGCUCAGACACUACAUGAGCCCAUUGGCAUUUCUGGAUUCUCCCAGUUUAAGAGGCUUCCUGUAGAAAUUCGAGCCAUGAUAUGGGACUUGGCCAUUCCUAGCCGAAUACUUGGCCUUACUGGCGAAAUUUCGCAUAAUAUCGCCGGUAAUUCCUGCUGGUAUCUUUUCGAACAAGGAUUAUCUCCUCCCUCGGUUGCUCAUGUCUGUAAGGAGGCUCGAUCAAUCGCUUGCCGUAGCGGUAGACUUGUGAGCAUUAGGAACCCUAGGGAGUAUCCGUAUGUAGAUUCGAGGGAUACAUUAUAUACAUACAAUACCCAGACCCGCAUGGUCCUGGUAUGAUCCUAGCCGGGAUUCUCUCCGACUGCACACCAAAACUCUAGUAUGUUCACCGAAUGCCACUAUAUUGGAAAUUACGGAGUGUACCCAGUUUGUCAUAAGUGGUGAUGAUUCAGAUCAUACACACUGUUAUCAGCUCCUGUCUUACCUUAGGUUUAGGUUUGUGGCACGCCGGUAGAAAUCGAUUCGAGCAGCAUCGCAGGGCUAUACUCACU